GGUUUGACGAAGUCGCGGGCAUGUCUCUGAGUUGAACCAAAUUCUUUUUCCAACUCUCAAGUCCAUCGGUAUUUUACGUGUUAAUUACCUCAUCAUGGCCGAAAGAAACUCAUGCAGCGGGGAAGACUUAACAGACGAGGACGAGGAAGAAGAAGAGCUGGAUCCUCGCGUGCAGGACGAGCUGGAGAAAUUGAACGUCGCUGCCAACUCGAUCAAUCAUUUAGAAGCAGAACUUGAUGAGGCUAGGGCAUUUUUCCGCCAGACCAUGGCUGCUGCGACCUACCAUCUAGAUGAUCAAGCAAAAAAGCUAGGGAAGUGUAUUCAAAAGGCAAGACCUUUUUAUGAUGUGCUCAGAGAGAUGCGGAAGGCUCACUCUCAACUACAAAGAGCAACUCUUCAGUAUGAAAAAGCAAGUUGCAGGCAUGUUUGUGCACGGAACACAGUGCAUGAGGCUGAACAGAGAGUAUUUUCCUGUGGAGAGAAGAGAGCAUUUGAUACAGCAUUGCAAGAAAUGCUCAACCAGGCAACAAUUGAGGUCAAUGAGGCUGAAAAUCAAAAAAAGGAGAGUUGGUUGACUCAUCAGAAAAUGUACAAGUCUUACCAGGAAGUGGAACAGAAAGCCAGAACUAUGCAGAGCAAACUGAAAAAAUCUAUUGAGAAAGCCAAGCCCUACUUUACUCAAAAAGUGUCAUUUGAUCGUCAUCUAUGGCAAUUAAAACUGAGGGUGGACUCGAUACAAAAGGGCCUGAGUGAAGCUAAAGUCAACUACUCCAUGUGCUUGAGGUCCUUAGAGAUCAUCAGUGACGAUAUCCAUCAGAAGAGAAAAGACAAGAAAAUGCUGGCUCUGUUGGCCAAUCUGCAAGAAAGAGAAGCGGGUGUUGGGGCUGAUUCUGAAGACGAAGCAUCUCUGGAGCAAAGCCAACUCGAUCUUGACCUUGACUGUAAUUCAAGUCUCAGCGAACUGGAUGGAAUAGCAGCAGAGCACCUCCCUGAUUUGCCCACCUUGGCUGGCAGGGUUUUUACUGAUGCAAAGGAACCUUCUGGUGUAAGUGUGUCUACCACAAGUGCAGCUGCAGAACAAGGAAAUAAGAGCACAGGGUCGAUUUCAAGGGGCGCACUGGAGAGGAGUGUAUCAGGCGCCGAGAACAGCGAAAGCGUCGAUUCUGAUUCGUUGGCAAGUUUAGCAAGAUCUGGCUCUUUAAAACGAGAGGUCUAUGGCUGUGAGCAGGAAGAGAACGAAGCUGAAGAGUGUAAUAUUUCCAAUAAAGAGAUACAAGGGGAAGGAUAUGAAAAAACUUCAGAAUCGACAGAGAUACUUGACAGGAAUAUAACAUUAACAUCUGAAAGCGACUUGUCUGAAAAUGAUAGUGAUAGACCUGUGGGUGACAGCUCAAGUGCGCAACAAGAACAGAUGGAGAAUGAAAAUCUGGACAUAAGAGAGAGUGGUGUUGCUUCCUUACAUGAAGCAGCUGUUGAAGUAACUCGGACACUUGAUUCUGAAGCAUCUUUCGAUGUUAACAAUGCAGACGCUAAACAUGAUGUGGUGAAAACCCAUGAUGUAAGCAGCAAGUGCGAAUCAUCGCAAACAAAUGAUGAAGCUGUUGAAGUGGAAUUAAAAGAUGUGCCAACUGCCUUAUCGUCAGGGGUACUUACCGGGAAUACUGCUGAUCAAUCUGAGCCUCAAGAAGAUCUAGCAGAGGCCAAUCUGGAGAAAUCCUCUGAUAAUGGAGAGUGGAUUUAGCUGGAGAGCUCGAAAAUGUGACCUACAAAUGGUCUUAAAAUAGGCUGUUCAUACCAGUUUCCUUAGGAUCUCUAUUGGAAAUCAGAGAAACCCGGCCAUUUUGUACUAGUGUAAGAGAAGCCUCCUUAGCUCAUGGUUAAGUUGUAGUUUAGAGAAGCUUUUGUAUCAGUGACGCAAACAACAUCACAUGCAUAGAUGAUGACUAGAACACAAACUGUAAAAGAUAUUAUAUUUUUCCUUUUACAGAUUUCUGUAUGUUUUUUCAGAAACAGUAUAUAACUUUUUUCACCAAAUUUUUAUGAUUAAUAAUAUACAUGAAAAAAUUACGUGCUUCUGAUUGGCUGAAGACGAGUGCAUUGUCGUGUAACACGAGUGCAAAGUUGUAACACAUGUGCGAAUUGCUGCGCGCGCAUG